GGAGAAAGAAGGAACAACGGCUAUAUUCCGACUCAUAGCCGUUAAUAAUCCCUUGGAAUAAAACAGGUCAUCAUCUCAGCUCAUUUGUUGCAAUUCAUCUGAAAACAAAAGGCAACUCAUCUUCUCCUUCUUCUUCUUCUUCUUCUGACUGAAAAUUUCCACAUCCAAAAACCCACUUCUCCAAAUCCCCAAUUAGGAAAAACCCACAACGAAAAAAACAAAAAUGAACGAUCUCAUGACGAAAUCCUUCACCAAUUACGUAGACCUCAAGAAAGCCGCGAUGAAAGACCUCGAUUUGGAAGCCGGAAACCUCGAAAUGUCGUCCUCUGCCGCAACCCACAUGGACACCGAUCUGGGUCUCUUCCUUGAAGAAGCCGAGAAGGUGAAGCAAGAAAUGGCCUCCCUCCGCGAAAUCCUCGGAAAGCUCCAGCAAGCCAAUGAGGAAUCCAAGUCCCAACACAAGUCCGACGCCCUGAAAUCCCUCCGGGCCCAGAUCAACGCCGACAUAGUGGCAGUCCUCAAAAAGGCCCGGGCCAUCCGAUCGCAGCUCGAGGAGAUGGACCGGGCCAAUGCCGCCAACAAGCGGCUCUCCGGCCAGAAAGAAGGGACCCCGAUUUACCGCACCCGAAUUGCAGUCACCAACGGGCUGAGGAAGAAGCUGAAGGAGCUGAUGAUGGAGUUCCAGGGGCUGCGGCAGAGGAUGAUGGCGGAGUACAAGGAGACGGUGGGACGGAGGUACUACACGGUGACGGGGGAGAGCCCCAACGAGGCGGUGAUUGAGAAGAUCAUCGCGGACGGUGGGGAGGAGUUUUUGGAGAGGGCGGUGAGGGAGCACGGGAGGGGAAAGGUGAUGGAGACGGUGGUGGAGAUUCAGGACCGGCACGGGGCGGCGCGGGAGAUCGAGCGGAGCCUUCUCGAGCUCCACCAGGUGUUCUUGGACAUGGCGGUGAUGGUGGAGGCGCAGGGGGAGCAGAUGGAUGACAUUGAGCAUCAUGUGAUGAAUGCUGCUCAGUAUGUCAAGGGUGGGAGUAAGCAGCUCAAGAGUGCCAAGGAACACCAGAAGGGAAGCAGAAAGUGGAUGUGUAUUGGGAUUAUUCUUCUCUUGAUCAUAAUUCUUGUCAUUGUCAUUCCCAUUGCUACAAGCUUCACUGAUUCUUGAGACAGAAUCUUUACUUUACUUGCUAUAUGUAUGGUUGUGGUGUUAAUUCUUUUUCCAUAUUUGUUUUGAUCUCAACUUGUUUGGUUGAGGAUGGAUGUUGUUUUUUACAUUGGCGUUUCAUGGGUUGGUUAAAUGGUAAUUUGCUUAUUCACCA